ACCGUUCAUGCUUUCCCUUCUUUCCUGGAGAAGCUCUGGGGGACGAGGAAAGGGGGCCCUCCCCUCGUUGCCUUUGUUUUUCAUAAAAGAUGUGCAGAGAGAAGCCUCAGGCGUUGCCUCCCUCCAGCGUCCUGGGCCAGUGUACAGAAGCCAAAAAACACUGCUGGUAUUUUGAAGGAUUAUAUCCAACAUAUUAUAUAUGCCGUUCCUAUGAAGAUUGCUGUGGGUCUAGGUGUUGCGUGCGGGCUCUCUCCAUUCAGCGACUAUGGUAUUUUUGGUUUCUUCUGAUGAUGGGAGUUCUUUUCUGCUGUGGAGCUGGCUUCUUCAUCCGAAGAAGGAUGUAUCCUCCCCCGCUAGUAGAAGAACCUACGUUCAACGUGUCCUAUACCAGACAACCUGCCAACCCUGCAGCAGGAGUGCAGCAACCAGGGAUGCCAUAUUACACUGACCCCGGAGGAGCUGGGGUGAAUCAGAUGGCCAUGGCUUUCCACGUGCAGCCCAAUUCACCCCAGGGAAAUCCCGCUUAUCCUCCCCCGCCCUCCUACUGCAACACUCCACCUCCACCCUACGAGCAGGUGGUGAAGUCUUCGAAGUAACAGCUCCGCUGCUGGGUGACGUGACGCGGAGGUGCGGAAGGCCCCAUUGCAAAGCCACAGGAGGGGAAAGCAGGGCAGAGGGGUGGACUCUCUGCUUGCUUGAGACUCUUGUUCUUUCUCUCCCCUCCCCAUCCUCCCUUCACCCGCCCCAUCCACGUCAAAUCGCAAAGGAUGAUCU